AUGGCCGACCGCCUCUCCGCCGGCGCAAUGUCUGCUCCACCACCUCCGCAGCAACACGCACCAGCCCAGCAGCCGCAACACACACAGAACACGACACCACAGCAUGCCCAGCACCAGGCCGCCUCUCCGACCGGCAUGAGCCAGCAAGGAGCAUCUGCUACGAGUUUCCGAAGACAACGCGCUUCGAGAGCCUGCGAGGUGCGCUGUGAUGCCGCUAGCCUCGGUGUGCCCUGCACCAACUGCGUCGCCUUCAACAUCGAAUGCAAGAUCCCCUCUCCCAAACGAAAGAAGACAUCGUCCAAGCAGAAAGACUCCAACAGGUACACAGCCCAUCGUCUGCCUCGACAAGACGUGCCUAACUUUGGCAGUGACCGCGAAGACAGUAGCAGCAUCGUUCAGCCCUCACCAGCUACCCACGACAAUGUUGCACGCCCCGAUGUCGUCCACCAGCCUCCGAUGCCCAUGCCUCAGCUGCCUCCUCGCAACGGCGUCGACUACUCUUCCCCUAGUGGCAUGCCUCCAACCACCCUCUCGGAGAAAUAUCAGGAACAACAGCAGAUUCACGAUGCAACCUGGAGUCAGUACAUGAAGCCAAAGUUCGCACGCGCUCCCAUCAAAGAAGCUGGCCGCGUUGCAUAUCUGGGCGAGUCGUCAAAUCUGUCUCUGCUUGUACACGACAAGCAUGGCAACUCGGAUGUCGUCCACUAUCCCCUGCCUGAGAAUGUGCGCGGUCCUCGGGCACGCAUGAACGAACUGGAUGAACUCGAACUGCGCAUUUUGCACGAGCGAGGAGCUUUCUUGCUACCCCCACGUCAACUGUGCGACGAGCUAGUCGAUGCUUUCUUCACCUGGAUCGCCCCCGUCGUGCCUGUAAUCGAUCGCAACAAGUUCAUGAAACGAUACCGAGAUCCCAAGAACCCGCCGUCACUACUUCUGCUGCAAGCUAUCCUCCUGGCUGGAUCGCGCGUAUGCACAAAUACACAACUUAUGGACGCCAACGGUUCCACGACGCCGGCCGCCAUGACCUUCUACAAGCGAGCCAAAGCGUUGUAUGACGCCAAUUACGAAGAUGAUCGCAUUACUAUCGUUCAAGCCGUCAUCCUGAUGGGCUGGUAUUGGGAGGGCCCAGAGGGUAAGAUGCGAGAGAAGCCCAGCGUCGCCCGUGAGUGUCAAUCUGACAUUGCUUCAGAUGUAACCAAGAACGUCUUUUACUGGAGUAGAGUGGCUGUCGUGAUCGCCCAAGGUUCAGGAAUGCACAGAAGUGUUGAAAAAUCUCAGCUCAGCCAACAGGACAAGCGUCUCUGGAAACGCAUCUGGUGGACUCUAUUCACGCGAGAUCGCUCAGUGGCAGUCGCCCUCGGUCGCCCUUGCGGUAUCAACAUUGAAGACUCUGAUGUCGAGAUGAUCUGUGAAGAGGACUUUGUCGAGGACGAAACUGACCAAAAUCCCGAGUACCCUCUGGAUCCAGUACACAUCCACUUCUUCCUGAAUUACGUCAAAUUAUGCGAAAUCAUGGGCUUGGUCCUUUCUCAAAACUACUCGGUCGCUUCGCAGAAACGCGGUCGCAACAACGCAAUCGACCUAACUCAUUGCGACAUGGCUCUGGCCGACUGGCUCCAGAAUUGUCCGAAAGACGUCUACUGGGAGAAGAAUCGACAUCACUUCUGGUCCGCUCUUCUCCACUCGAACUACUACACCACACUUUGUCUCUUACAUCGCGCUCACAUGCCUCCCGCUGGCUCAUCACCAGAGAUGAACCGGUCGAAUGGUUUCCCUGAAGAUAUGGCUUAUCCAUCUAAGAACAUCGCCUAUCAGGCAGCCGGCAUGAUCACUUCCAUCGUUGAGGCUUUGACUAACCACAAUGAGCUUCAAUACACACCCGCCUUUAUGUAA